AUGGAGCUGAUGAGGAGGGCUGCAGCUUUCCUAAGAACUGGGCCCGUGGCUGACAUCCCCCUCCCCCCAGUGCCCCUGCGCAGCAGCUCGGUGUCGGUGUUGAUCCGAGGCUUUGUGGCUGACGUGGGCUGCGAGCUGCUCUACAGGAGAGAGGAGCCGGGGCCCAUGGAGGCCGUGUUCAAGUUCCCCGUGGAUGCCGAGGCAGCUGUCUACGCCUUCGAGGCCCGACUGGGGGGCGCUUGCAUCCAGGCCCAGCUCCACGAGAAGAAACAGGCGCAGGAGCUGUACGGGGACGUGCUGGCCGGGGGGCAGAGCUCGUUUCUGCUGCAGCAGGAGGGGGCUGGGGGCGACAUGUUCAGCUGCUCACUGGGGAAUCUGCCCUCCGGAGAGGAGGCAGUACUGACCCUGCGCUACGUCUGCGAGCUGCCGUUGGAGCCUGACGGGGCUGCCCGCUACGUGCUGCCGACCGUGCUACGUCCUCGCUACACGCCCCAUGCUAUAGCCGAACUGACAACAUGCCAGGUGUUCACGGGCCAGGCCCCCGUGGGGACCGGGAGUGGAGCUGCUGGUGUAUUACUGCGGAGGCCACACAAACCUAGCGUGGUGCUGGAGCCAGGCUGGCUGCCUGGAGCCAAGCGAGGCUCCCUGAUGGGCGACCCGGCAGUGAUGGUGACCCUGCUGCCCAGCGUGCCCGAGGUGGUGCCAGCCCAGAGCCGCGCCGGGGAGUUCAUCCUCCUGCUGGACCGCUCCGGCAGCAUGGCGUGCCCCAUGGACAGCAGAGACCCUUUCCGCCAACGCAUCAACAGCGCCAAGGAGACCCUGAUCCCGCUGUUGAAGAGUUUGCCCCUGGGCUGUUAUUUCAACAUCUGUGACUUUGGGUCUGAGUUCAAGUCCUUCUACCCGCAGAGCAUGGAGUAUACCCAGCAGACCAUGGCCGAGUCCCUGCAGCGCAUCCAGCUGCUCCAGGCUAACCUGUGGGGCACCAAAAUCUUGGAGCCACUACGAGCCAUUUACCGCAGCCCCUGCCGGGACGGGCACCCACACCAGCUGUUCGUGUUUACGGAUGGGGAGGUAGAGAACACCCAGGAUGUCAUCACAGAGGUGUGGCGUCACCGGGGGACCCACAGGGUGCUUCUCUUCAGCAUCGGGGACGGGGUUUCCACACCUCUGAUCAAAGGCAUUGCCCGGGCUGCAGGGGGCAGCGCCGAGUUCAUCACCGGCCAGGACCGCAUGCAGCCCAGGCUGCCUGUUCACCAGCUGACAGCCAAGUCGCUGGAGCUGGAGGGGGCCGUGGGUGCUGAGUCAGAGGUGGCCCAGCACCAGGCACGGGAGGCCAGUCUGAGCUCAGGGGUCAUCUGCUCCCUCACGACCUACGUGGGGGUGGACACAGAGCAGGGGCAGCCAGUGCAGGGGCCACUGGUGAUACAGGACGUCCCACUGGCAGAUUUCAUCAAGGAAUAUAUGGAAAUGAUCGACUGUGUCUCAAUAAGGGAAGUCUCAAUAGACCGUAUCUACGAGCGACCGGCGAGCAAGGUGAGCCUAUACGAACCAAACUACCGCAGUGUCUUCGGGCGCCUGUCCCAUGACUUGCACACGGCACGUGAGGACCACUGCCACAAGUGUCUGCAGCUCUCGAAAUGCAGCACCGGCCAUCUCCUCCCUCAAAAGCUGCCUGUUCACCGGCUGGCAGCCAAAUCGCUGCUGCUGGAGCUGGCGGGGGCCGUGGGUGCCGGGUCAGAGGUGGCCCAGUACCGGGCACUGGAGGCCAGUCUGAGCUCAGGGGUCAUCUACUCCCUCACGGCCUACGUGGGAGUGGACACGGAGCGGGGGCAGCCGGUGCAGGGGCCGCUGGUGAGACGGGAUGUCCCACUGGCAGGUAACCCCCGAAGGGGUCGGGGCUCCUGGCGCCGGGGGGGACCCAGCAU